AAAUUUUGAAUCGCGAUGACCCGUAUGGGCUUCCGUAGCUGCCGACUGAGGAAUGAUGGCUGUUUGGUUAUGGUUUCGCUGCUUGUUCGGGCCCAGUCUGUACCGGAUCCAUCGCCCACAGGACCACCCCCGACCCGAGAGCAGAACAGGAAGGAGGGGUUGGGAUUACCAGCCAAGAGGUUUGGAAAGACACACUGACAGUAUCCUUGGUUGGGCUUCAGUGCUGUGGUCCCUAUCCUAUUACAGCUCGCCUCUCAUUCUCUGCUAUCUCUACAGGAAAGGUUAUAUCUGCAGCAGUAAGCUCAUUCCUGUCAGCCAGUACGUUGGCACGGUGCUGGUCUGUUUACUGACAGUAGCGUGUCUGAGAGGCUGGGGUCGCUGGAGAAACCCCGAGUAUCACCAGUUUAUCACCAUUCUGGAGGAGACCAAGAAGAACCACACAAGCAGCAACAAGAAAAAACUUGCCAGUUAUGAUUUCGACUUCUCGCACUGGCCAGCAGAUUUCAGCUGGAGAGAAGUCAGCAAUCCGAAGUUGUCGAAGGCAGGAGUUUCCCUGCUGAAGCCAGAGCCCAAGCACAGAGGAGCAGCAGACAGUCUGCUGAACUCAGUACGAACAUUGCCAUGCCACGUCGUCAGCUAUAUCGUAGCUCACUCGUUUGGCCGGAGGAUGCUGUAUCCAGGCUCUGUGGGUCUGUUGCAGAAGGCCAUGAGGUCAAUGCUGCAGCAGGGCCAGGCCAAGCUAAUCGAAGAGUAUGAUGGUCAGAGAAGCAAGCUGGUGGCAUGUGACGGAAAUAAAAUCGACACCAUGUUUGUGGAUCGGAGAGGAAACAGAGGCCCAAAUGGGAAAACUCUGGUGAUUUGUUGUGAAGGGAACGCAGGCUUCUAUGAGGUUGGCUGCAUGAACACUCCACUGGAUGGUGGCUACUCAGUCUUAGGCUGGAAUCACCCAGGGUUCGCAGGCAGUACGGGUGUACCAUUUCCUCAGAACGAGGCGAACGCAAUGGAUGUAGUGAUCCAGUUUGCUGUGCACAAAUUGGGCUUCCAGUUGUGCGACAUUGUUGUGUAUGCCUGGUCCAUAGGGGGCUUUACAGCCACUUGGGCAGCGAUGUCAUACCCCGAGAUCCGUGCACUGAUUCUGGACGCCUCUUUUGAUGACCUCCUGCCCCUGGCCUUAAAGGUCAUGCCCGACAGCUGGAGACCGCUGGUGACCCACACAGUCAGGCAGUACAUGAACCUGAACAACGCAGAACAGCUUUGCAAGUACCAGGGACCAGUUCUGUUGAUCAGGAGAACCAAGGAUGAAAUCAUCACAACCACGGGACCAGAGGACAUAAUGUCCAACCGAGGAAAUGACCUACUGCUGAAACUGCUCCACUACAGGUAUCCUAAAGUGAUGACAGACGACAGUGUCAGAGCUGUCAGACAGUGGCUUGCAGCUGGAUCACAUGUGGAAGAAGAGUCUGUAUACACUGGGUAUGAGGUGGACGAUGACUGGUGCCUGUCUGUGCUGCAGUCCUAUCAGACAGACAGAGAUGCUCCUUUCCCCUGGAGUGUUGGUGAGGACAUGGCGCUGGAAGGCAGACGGCAGCUUGCUCUUUUCCUGGCUCGAAAGUACAUGAGGAAUUUCGAGACAACACAUUGCACUCCACUCCCCAUCUCAGAGUUUCACGUACCCUGGAAGCUCUAAAAGCCAGUGAGAGACUGGGCUGGAGAGACAACGCGAAGCACUGAGAAACCUUGGUGGAAAUUUAAUGUUCAAGUUUUGAUUGUUAAUGAUGUGCGUUUUUGUCAUUUGGGUGUCUGCAUGGUUCUUUUAAAGAAUUUGACGUCGAAGUUGGUGUUUCUUGGGCUUGAAAUAAAUGAACGUGAACAGAAAGUUCCUUUGGAAGGAACUGGGCCGAACCCUUUGCUCUCAGUCUGUUUCUCUGUCCUCUGUUUUGUGAGCAGUCUUAUUUAUUAUGAAAUAUGCCCUAAAAUACAUCCUGAAUGUGACUGUAUUAAAAACGCUUAAUAAAGACAAGGGAUGUUGUGGUU